AUGAUUGCAGAAACUAAGCUGUACGAUUCCUUGGGUAUCAAACCCGACGCAUCCCAAGACGAAAUUAAAAAAGCAUACCGAAAGGGUGCACUGAAAUAUCAUCCGGAUAAGAACAAGGAUAAUCCGUCCGCAUCGGAGAAGUUCAAAGAGGUAUCACAAGCCUACGAAGUUCUGUCCGAUCCCGAAAAGCGCAAGAUCUAUGACCAAUUCGGCCUCGACUAUCUGAUGCGGGGCGGCCCAGCCCCUCCGCCCGGUGGUGGUGCUGGCGGCGCUGGCGGCGCUGGUGGAAGUCCGUUUGACGGUGGAAUGCCCGGUGGUUUCUCAUUUGGAGGCAUGCCAGGAGGAGGUGGUGGUGGUGCCCGGACCUUCCGUUUCUCGACUGGCCCCGGCGGUGGCUCUGGCUUCCAGUUCAGCUCUGCAGAUGAUAUCUUCCGAAACUUCGCCAAGGGUGGAGGCGCUGGCAUGGAUCAUGACGAUCUGUUCGAUAUCUUGGGUGGGAUGGGUGGCGGCGGUGGCGGCGCCGGCCGUAGCUUCCGCUCAAGCCGUGGCCCUAGUGCCUUCCAGCAAUCUCAGCGCGCACCUACCCCCGAACCGACCGUAGUUGAAAAGGAAUUGCCAUUGACACUGGAAGAGCUGAUGCGCGGAACGACGAAGAAGGUGACCGUGAAGAGCAAGACUUUUGACGCGAGCGGAAAGCGCACUGUCCAGGAUGUAACUCUUGAAGCGAACAUUAAGCCGGGCUUGCGGACUGGUUCGAAGAUCAAGUACAGGGGUGUGGGUGAUCAAGAAGAAGGUGGUAGGCAGGAUGUCCAUCUUAUCGUGACAGAGAAAGAACAUCCCAAUUUCAAACGCCAGGGAGACAACCUCAUUACAACUGUUGAAAUCAGCCUAAGAGAGGCUCUCACCGGCUGGGACCGGAUCGUGCGUACAAUCGAUGGAAAGUCGAUCCGGGUAGCCAAGCCUGGUCCGACACAACCCGGGUACGAAGAAAGGUUCCCCGGUCAAGGUAUGACGAUAUCAAAGAAGCCAAACGAGCGCGGCGAUCUGAUAGUUCACGUGAAUGUCCGGUUCCCGGCCAGCUUGACGGCUUCUCAGAAAGAUAUCCUUAAAGACGUGCUUCCCUAA